CUCACAACGCUGCUUUCCUCCGACUUGAUAUAUUGUGUGAGCAAUGUUGCUACGUGGGUCACACUGCCACACUAACUGACUCACUAAACAUGAGAUGCCAUUGAGAAAACUAUGAUGGCAGUUAAGUGUAUGUACAUGCGAGUUCAUGAGAAAGGCAGAUAGCAUAGGACUAGGAGGUCCACGCCAAGACUAGCUGCUGAGAAGAACUAUCUACUUUUACCUAGAUUACAGACUAUCGUGUAUUAUCUAGGUGUGUAUGAGUCAACGAUAGAAAAGCAGGAGUGUCAUAUGUGUGGUGUGCGCCAUGGAUGUGUUGGGGGUGGGUGUUGAAGGGCUGCCCCACCCCCACCCUCGCCCCCACGCCCUGCAUAGCUACACCCGCGCCCGUUUAAAAGCGCUUUGGCCGCUAUGCUAAGUUUGGGAGGACUGCCGGAGGUGCCGCCGCCUCAGGGUAAUCACCGCCGCUCUAAGAGUGAUUGUGGUCUGGACAAGCGUGAUGAUGUGUCUGACCUGGCCACCCUCAACCCCAACUACCGCAGCACCUCCCCCACCGGCCACCUUCGCGUCCACGCCCACACCCGCCCUAACACGCCCAUCAUGGUGCGAUCUCCGUCCACUUCCUCCAUACCAGAGAUCUUCAUCAGUAGCGAAGAUGACAUGGGACCAGGCGUGUCUCCCGUAACCCGUCUGGCUGUCUUCUCUCUCGCUGACUUCCUGGAGACCGUCACCCACGCUCAUCACCACCCACGAAAGAAGUGCAGUUCGAGUGAGGUGAGCGGCCCGGGUCAUGGCGGACGACGGAGAUCUCCUCUGGCUGCCCGCAAGUCUACUCCAGUGGGAGGAGGCGCCAGUGCAGGUAGUGGAGGUGCUGCCGAGGGAAACCCCUCCAUCAGCACCACUACGAGCACCACCCCAGGAGGCAGUGCCCUAGCAGGUGUAGCAGGGCAGAGCACACAACACCAGGCCAGAACUACUGGUAGUGGUGGAGGGGCAACCCGCCUGCCAAAUGCGGCAGCACAUCAUGAUGACGCAGCGGUGCACUCUUCCAAUGAGGACUGUGAUGCUGAAACAGUACCGUCAUCAGGGGUGUCCAAUGGCUCCGGGGAAUUGGUAGAUACUUUGCGAGUGUGUGGAGCAGAUAUUGGGGCUGUGGAUGAUGGGGAGGAGCAUACUCCACAUGUACAGCGCACACGAGAGGCCUUGGAGCACAUCCAGGCUAAAAUACAGAAAACUAGAGAUCUCAUUAAAGAAGAACAAAAAGCUCGAGAUGAAAAUGUCAAUGAAUACCUCAAACUUGCUGGUAAUGCCGACCGACAACAAAUUGCUCGCAUCAAAGCAGUGUUUGAGAAGAAGAACCAGAAAUCGGCUGCUCUGAUUCAACAACUUCAAAAGAAGCUAGAAAAUUACCAGAAGAGGUUACGUGAAAUUGAAACUCAUGGCUUGAUUGUUGCCCACCGACAGCCCAAAGAAGUGCUGAGAGACAUGGGUCAGGGCCUCAAGACGGUAAUCAGUAAGCCUAAGGAGAUAGCACACCUGAUCAAAAACAAAUUUGGUUCUGCGGACAAUAUCAAGGAACUAGCAGGGGAGGAGGAGCGCGAUGAAGAGCGAGUGCACCACGGGUCGGCCACAUUACCCGUAGGUGCAAGCUUGGUACCCCCUACAUCCACUAAUCAAGGGAGCAAUCUCCCAAGCAGUCACCACCAGAGUUCUUCAGCUCAAGGUGCAGGUGGCAGCAGCAGUGGUGGGGGACACCAUGGUAGUAAGAUAGGCUCAGAGGAAGGCUCUGAGUGUAAUUCUUCCAUCACCAGUGAGAGCGUUCCAGGGGGCAGCACUACCUUAGCUCACCUGGCAUCACCCAGAAACCACCAUAGUCAGUUAACUAGUGUAGAUUUCUAUGGUUUACCUGGAGGGACAACUGUUGAACACUUGUUGCUUGAGCUACGGGAGAGCAGAGAAGAAUCAGCACGGCUCAGAGAAGAGAUCGACACAAUUAAACAAGCAUUAGCAGCAGAGGUAAACUCCAUGCGGGAAGGAUUAGCAGAGGAGCGUUUCAGGUGUGAUCGUCUCGAAGAACAAAUAAAUGAUUUAACUGAGCUACACCAAAAUGAGAUGGGAAACCUUGUGACAAACAUGUCAGACAUGGAAGAAAAGGUACAAUAUCAGAGUGAAGAACGAAUACGGGAUCUUCAUGAGAUUGUGGAAAACUGUCAUACUCGUAUUUCUCGGAUGGAACACCAGCAAGCACAGCAGCAGCAACAGUAUCUGACGCUAGAAGGUUUAGAGAACAGCAAUGCACGCGCUGUUUUUGUAAAGCUCAUCAAUGUUUUAUUAACUGUGCUUCAGGUCUUGCUAUUGGUUGUUGCAACUGUGGCCAAUAUCCUGACCCCACUACUACAGACUCGAACUCGCCUUGUUGUUACUGCAGUGCUCGUUUUCCUCCUCAUCUUUGUUUACAUACAAUUACCCGAGUUGAGAGAAAUGUGGUACGCGGUAGUCGAUCGAUAUCUAAAGUUUGUCUCGUUAAAAUAAAACAUUGUUCUGAUGAGCAUACUGUACUAUGGUGUUAAAUGAACAAAAAUACUCUACUGGAAAACUGAGCAUAUAAGUGAAGAACUUGUUGCUCUUAAAAGUGUGUAUGCUCUUAGCAGUGCUGUUAGGAGAACCAUUGACUUGUAUUCCAAGUGACUUAUUUUCUACAUUUUUCAAGUCGACACAACUCGUCUGUCCAAUAACCACUUUAAGCAAGAGGGUCAUAUUGAUUCCUUAGCUCAAAUAUUAUCAGAUAAGUGAGUUUGACUUGGUAUUGGCGCAAGUAUGCCAUGGUGUUCUCAAGUUGGCUUUUUAAACAUUUUCAACUAUGUAGCAAGUUGUUAAGUAUUUAUGAUGAAUUACAGAAAAGUCUCAGAUGUAAUAUGAUAUUAUGUUUUGAACAAAUCACUUAAGAAUGAUCUAGAGCUGCAUGUUGAGAGUGACAUAAAGAGAGAGAUGAAGAGCUUAGUCAUACACUUGAAUGUGAAUUACCUGUGUGUGUGUGUGUGCAUGCAUGCGUGUGUAUGUUGGCAUGGUACUGAAGUGAUCUUAUAGACAAUUUCCUCCAGCUACAGAUGCAGCUUGGAAAUGAAGAAGAUGGUUGGCUCUUGUGGGGCUCGUGUGUGAUAGCGUGAACCAAAGUUGGACAAAUAAGGUAUUGCGUUUAUUUCUUUGUUUUUCUAUUUAUUUCUGAGUGAAAUGCUAAACCCCUGUUUUGGGUGCAGCAGCAAGGUUAAAUGGUCAAAGGGGUACAUGUAGUUAAGAGAUCAGUGGUCAGCAUGAAGUUACUGUAAAUCACUAAGUAUUUUCUAGAUUAAAGUGCUCACUUAGUUGUAUUAAAUGAAUGAACCCUUGGAAUCACAUAUUCCUGCCAGUACAUUAUAAAAUUUGAGCAACUGGUACCACAUGCUGACAACAGAUCCAAUACCAGUACUUUGCUAAUGCCUGAUGAUUUACUCUCCUCGGCUAUCUACUUUUUAUGGAACAUCUGUCUGUUCCUGUUGUCUUUAAUUGGUCUGUGAUGUUCUGUUAAUUAGAACAGACCACUUUUUCUGUCGUAAGUAAUUUUUUGCUCUCUUUCUGUUAUUCAUAACAAUGUUUGUUUUCACUUGUUAUUUUAGGGUGGUUAAACAAAUUUAGCAGAUUUGAUAUUAUGGAAUGAAGAUAUUUUGGGUUAUUGAAUGGUGCUGGUGGAAAUACAUGCUGUUCACAGUGGUUCUUUGGUUUAUACUGAAUAAUUAACAUAAUCAUGGGUGUCUGCCAGCCUGAUUGUGGCUGUCUACCAGCCUGGUUGUGGCUGUCUACCAGCCUGGCUGUAGUUGCCUAUCAGCCUUGUUUUUUGGGGGGGUUGACCAGCAUGACUCUGGGUAUCUACCAUCAUGACUGUGGGUCUACCAGUAUGGCUGUGGGUGCCCACUAUAAUACCGGCAUAUAAUCCACACCUGUCAUUCAUGUUAACAUUUUAAUAUUGGAUGUUUUGCAGAAACAUCUGAAAAGUUUAUGGACUGAAAUCAUUAUCACAAGUCCAAACAACUGACCAAAUGUCUAUCAAUCCAUUUAGUAUUAACAAAAAUUCUUAGUCACUGAAUUGCCAAGAAAAUGUAUUUAUAUAAAAGAAAACCUGUUGUUAGUGCAAGUGUUAGAACCUUGAUUGAUAACAUGGUCAAUAAUAACUUAAGACAAAUAAUAAUGUAAAAGCUGGGAGCUUACAAAUAUAAUAUUGAUAUGCUCCACAACAAGAAAUACAAAGUCUAGGAAGUAAUUUAAGCAAUGGUGAUAUUCAGUGACUAUAUAAAACUAAAAAGCUUUUAGAUGUAGAUUUGCCAUGUACUUACAUACAAUCAGUUGUUAAAUUUGUGUUGAGGUCCCCUGAGUGUGAGUAAAGAAUGGGGGAUACAUUUAUUGUUUAUAUCCCCUGAGUUACUAAAGAAUGGGGGUUUUUGCUUUUAGAGGUUGCUCUGAGUGUGAAUAAAAAAAAAUGGGGGGCACACUUUGUGUUGAGGUCCCUAAUUGUGAAUAAAGGAAGAGAUAUACUUUGUGUUGAGGUCCCCAAGUGUGAAUAAAGAGUGGAAAAUACAAUGUUCAGGUCCUGAGUGUGAGUAAAGAGGGGCGAUAGUGUUUUAGGUCCUCUCGAUUGAGUAAAGAGGGAUGAUGUGUUCAGGUCCCCUUGAGUGAGAUUGAAGUUCUCCUGUAUGCAAGUAAAGUGGGAAGGAUACACUAGAAGUCCCUCUGAGUGAGAGUUAAAGGGAGAAUAUACCAAGGAUAGCAACAUUGAUGCUAUAUCUUGGCAAAGUCAUUGUAAUAAAAAUAACAAUAUCAGAUAUAAGAUACUAUAGCAAGAAAAAUGCUAGUAAAACGUGAGAAUGACAAGUGUUGGUCUCAUUGGCAAUUUAUAGCCAAGCCUCAGUAUUGAGGCUCUUAUUUAUUUAUCCUAAUGUCACCCUUAUGUACAUUUUAUAAUAUGGGUCUUGGUAGACUCACUCUAUGAUAUUGUUUUAUGGGGGUUGCAUAAGUUAUGACUAUUAUAUAUAUGCACUUUUUUUGUCACAAAUAUUGUAGAUUCCAUCUAUGGCAGACCAUCAAGAAACUUUGUAUAAGAAAUUGAGUCCCAAGUUGUAAUGGUAUUAAUGGUAAAAAAAAAAGUAAAUUGGCUUUGUGGUCAAGUGCUGCUGCUUACAUAAGUGUUGCCUUUGGGUAGGGAUUUAUUCAUUAAAGUUGAUGUUGACUUGAAAGCACAUGUGUACAGUAAUACUAUAGUAACAGCGGCUUCUGGCAUCUGGGAGGAUAAAUAUGUUUUAGGGUGCAAUUUUUUCUUUUGCUGUUCAUAUUAUUUUAAAUUUUUACUCGAGUGCUACGCUUUAGCAGGCAAAGCACAUAUUUUUUCAUUCAUUCCUUUGGUGCCAGUCCUUUAUUCCAUUGGCUGGGCAAUAUGGCUGCCAAGUUCUUUACAGUAUUGUAUUACUUUUGCUGACUUUAUACAAACUGUUUAUGCAUAAGUUUGAGAUCUGAUUUUUUUUCCUUUUUUGUAAAUUCCUGUCACAGUUUGAGGCCAGUCUGGCACAGUAGGCAGAGUAUAUUAUAUUAGUUUUAAGUGAUUUUUUUUCUUAGAAAUUUCUAGUAAAGAUGACACUCCA